AAAAAAAGAAAUUCUGUUAAACACAUUUCUGAAAUCCUUCUUUCCCCUUUUUUGUCAUGUGUUAUAUAUCUUUACCUACCUGAGAAGUGAAAACUCACAAAAAAUAAGAGUAAAGUUUGAGUCUUUUUGAGUUUUAUUUGCAAGAAACACACUUCUUGAAAAUGGGGUUGAAGAAUUGAAUCAUUUUUUUCAAAUUUUGCUUUUUAUUUCACUUGGAAACACAGUAGCUAUGGCUUCCUGUAAUAUUCUUUGUAGUGUCAAACCCCAAAUUGAUUCUUUUAAAAAGAGUUGUUUUUCUCAGUCAUGGUCAAAUAGGCCACAUGGUUCAUCCUAUUUUAACAAGAAUUUUCAAUUUAGAAGAAACAGUUUUGUUAUUGUGAAGGCUUCAGAUUCAAGAACUAGUAAAAAACAAGUAGAGAUAACAUAUAAUCCUGAAGAGAAGUUUAAUAAAUUAGCUGAUGAAGUGGAUAGAGAAGCUGGGCUUUCAAGACUCACUCUUUUUUCUCCUUGCAAGAUAAAUGUUUUCUUGAGAAUAACAAGCAAGAGGGAUGACGGAUAUCAUGAUUUGGCGUCUCUCUUUCAUGUAAUUAGUCUAGGAGAUAAAAUAAAGUUCUCGCUGUCACCAUCAAAGUCAAAGGAUCGUUUAUCUACUAAUGCUGCUGGAGUUCCACUCGAUGAGAGGAAUCUGAUUAUAAAGGCCCUCAAUCUUUAUAGGAAAAAGACUGGAACAGACAAUUACUUUUGGAUUCAUCUUGAUAAGAAAGUGCCUACUGGAGCUGGUCUUGGUGGUGGGAGCAGUAAUGCUGCAACAACUCUGUGGGCAGCAAAUCAAUUCAGUGGUUGUGUUGCCACUGAAAAGGAGCUCCAAGAGUGGUCUGGUGAGAUUGGUUCUGAUAUUCCUUUCUUCUUCUCUCAUGGAGCAGCCUACUGUACGGGUAGGGGUGAGGUUGUUCAGGAUAUCCCGUCACCCAUACCAUUUGACAUUCCAAUGGUCCUCAUAAAGCCUCAACAGGCAUGCUCCACUGCUGAAGUUUACAAGCGUUUUCAGUUGGAUCUGUCUAGUAAGGUUGAUCCCUUGAGCUUACUGGAGAAAAUCUCAACUAGUGGAAUAUCUCAAGAUGUGUGUGUCAAUGAUUUAGAACCUCCCGCCUUUGAAGUUCUUCCAUCUCUUAAAAGGUUAAAACAACGAGUAAUUGCUGCUGGCCGAGGACAAUAUGAUGCAGUCUUCAUGUCUGGAAGUGGAAGUACAAUAGUAGGGGUUGGCUCUCCAGAUCCACCACAAUUUGUCUAUGAUGAUGAAGAAUACAAGGAUGUCUUCUUGUCAGGAUAGGAGUCCAUUAUCCACCGAGUUCAAACCAUGCUCCAGUAUGCCAUUGGGUCUUAAGUAGGAAGGAUGAGCUAGUGUGGCGUUUAGAGCUUCUGAAUGGAUGUGAUUCGAGAUCCCAGCCCCUCCUGAUCUCUCAAAUAAUUUCAAUUUGCUGCUCUCGCAAAUUUUGCGAUAUAAUGCUGAUACUCCCCUCCCCUCCCCUCAAACAAAAAGGUAAAAAAAAUUGAAACUCAGAAGAAGACUCAAUCAACUCCGAGAUUGGGAGAAAACAACAAAUAACUAAGUAGUAACUCUUGUAAACGCUGCUUCAAUAUCAACUUAUUAUUUAUGAUGUCUUCAUAAGAUGCAAAACUAAAACCGCUAUUUGUGGCAAAGAGAUACUGACACAGUCGUUUUAAAAAAUGAAAAAGGUAAGCAUUUUGCAGGCAUGAG